AUGUCAUCUGAAUACCCCAUCAGCCUCACAGAAAUAGAACACCACACCAAGUUGCUGCUGGCUGUGUUCCAGUACUACACUGGUUAUGAUGGGAAUGCUACUUCUCUUUCCAAAAAUGAGUUCUUGAUGUGCAUGAACACUGAGCUGGUAUCUUUCAUAAAGAACCAGAAGGAUCCAGGAAUCCUCAACUGCAUGAUGAAGAAAUUCAACAUGAACUGUGAUGGUCAGUUGGACUUCAGCGAAUUCUUGAACCUCAUUGGUGACCUGGCACAGGCCUGCCAUGUUCAAGUGCUGUCAUCCCCAAUCAGUGGUGGAACCCAGAGACCAUGA